GUCCAAACAAAGGGGCGUAUAAACGUAGCUACUUUCUAAGAAAAUGGACAUACACAGUGCUGCCCUCAUUGGUGACUUGAGUGCUUUAAAAGAUGCCAUCAAGAGAGGAAAGGAUGUCAACAGUGUGAAUAAGGAUGGGCGGACUCCACUCUAUUGGGCAGCCAGCUAUGGUCACACUGACUGUGUUAAAAAGCUGCUCUCCUCAGGAGCUGUAGUGGACCUGGCUGACAUGGAUGGGGACACUCCACUCAUGAGGGCAGCCAAUGGAGGGUACACUGACUGUGUUAAAAAACUGCUCUCCUCAGGAGCCGUUGUGGACCUGGCUAACAAGGAUGGGGACACUCCACUCAUGAGGGCAGCCUUCUGGGAACACGAAGAUACUGUGAAGGAGCUUCUCUCAUCAGGGGCUUCCCCUCUCUGCACUAAUAAUGAUGGACAGACUGCUCUGAUGGUGGCCAAGAGAUCACAAUUCUCUAACCCUUCAGUAAUACAGUUGCUUGAGGAAGCUGCUGAAUCACAUUUAUGUCUGCAGUCUGUUCCAGUCCUACCCAAGAACUGGACUGUCGUCACUGACACAGAAACGAAGAAGCCAGUCUACCAGAACAAGGCAGCAGGGGAAACCCUAUCCACACCACCUGGAUAUCCCCUGCACCAAACCUCCGCAUACCCUGAUGUCACUUUCUACGACAUGCCUCAAGAGAAGGAGUUCACCUCCAGUGGUGGCCACGCUGACUUUGACAAUGGAGUGCAAGUGACUGUUUCAGCUAAUGCUGUCCCAGCAGGGACCUCUGUGAGCAUUAGUGUCCAACCCAGCCUUGCUUCAAAUGACGUGUUUGUGAUGCCUGAGGGCAUUCAGUCUGCCAGUCCGUCCUACUUGAUCUCUGGUGAAGGUCUAAACGGAGAGGUGACCCUGAGCAUGGAGCAUCAUGUACGCGUGUCCACCCAACAAGAAGCUGAUGACCUCCUCUUUCUCCAAGCUGACUCGUCUCCCAAGAGAUCUGGAUCAAAGAGUAUAUACCAGUACCAGGUACAAGAGGGAGGGUCGAAGGCAGAGUUCACUCCUGGUGGGAACACUGGGAGACUGACCAGACGUUUGUCAAAGAAGAAGUUUUUCAAAGUUGGGGCUCGAAUUAAGAAAUGGUUUCGAGGUUCAUCCCAACUUGCUGCCAGCCAGCCUGAUGACCCCCCAGAGCCUGAGAGUCCACCUAACCUCUACACUGUCAGAGUCUACCGGUCUCCGCCGCACACAACUGAGGACAGAAUGGCUCUUGUCAUUGUCAGCUACUUCCACCGGCUGUUUUUCGAUUUCUUGCAGAGGUUUGAGGUUGUCGUCAUUCCCCGAGAGUAUCCACACUUGUCAAGUAGCCCUGCUGAUAAGACAAUCAAACAACCUCUUUGCUUUGUCCAAGUUGAUGCAGUACUGGAGCUAGUCUGUGACCCAGCCUGGAGGAGUGUGCCUGACCAGAGAAUGAUUUCCCAAGAUGAAGUAGACUUGCCAGUGAUUGGUAAGUUCUCGCCAGAGGAGCUUCAGUGUUACCCACCCAGGAUAGUGUGUCGGUUCUUCCCUGAGCAAGGAGCUGUCUCCUGCACCACAUGCAAUCUCUCACUGCAUGGCUUUGACAAGCCAGUCAGUGUGGACAUGGCACUGCUCACUCCUCAGAGAUCAGUGGACACUAAACAACUCAAGGAAGCCACUGAAGUACUGAGGAGAACAGUUGGUGAGAUGACCACCUCACAGCUUGGCUCUACUGUGGAGACUGUACUGUCACUAAUGGAAAAAAUGACAACUGCACUUCAGUCAUCUUCUCUGAGUGAGCUGACAGCCUACACUGACUCCAUACGGACAGAGAUAAAGGCAGUCCUUGUAGUGACCAGGAGGGUUGUCCAGGAGUGCACAGUACAGAGCAUCAGUGAGAACAUGGGAGCCAGUCUCUCUAAGAUGGAGACUUUAUCUCACCAGCUUUGUCAUGUGACCAAGGUCAAACUCAGAUACUGUCUAGACCAGUCAGAGGAGACAGCUGCUCUUGUUGACCUGGUGGAGAAUGGAGCUAAUCUGUUGAGAGCUGUAGACUGUCUACUCAGGGACAUCCACACACUCAGUGGAGUCAGUGGACCAUCCGCUAAACGAGUCACUCUUCAAGAACUAGUAGAGCAAUACAAUCUGACUGACGAGCAACUCAACAGUGAAAUAGAAGACUCUGAAACUCCCGAAAUGGCCUCAUGUUUUGAUGAUGUGGACCUUUAUUCGAGUUCAAUGGGGCUAGGUAUUGCUGAUCAAGCCGAUGUGAAGAGGUUGUACCAUAGUGAAGGUACUCGAGCAGCCAUGAUGAAGUGUUUGCAAAUCUGGAAAGAACGUAAUCCUUUUCAAGCAACUUACAGAGCUCUACUGGAUAUCGCACUGAGAUUGGGGAAAGGAGACACAGCUCAUCAAAUCUGUCAGCAAUUGAUCCAACGAGGUGUGAGAGGUGUGGUCACUGGCUCGGACUGUAUACAGGUUGAGGCUGGCGUUGCACGGAAGGUUCCGACUGUAGCCAGGACUGUGGUGGACAUUGAUGAAGCCACUGAAGUACUGAGGACAACAGUUGGUGAGAUGACCACCUCACAGCUUGGCUCUACUUUGGAGACUGUACUGUCACUAAUGGAGAAAAUUACAACUGCACUUCAGUCAUCUUCUCUGAGUGAGCUGACAGGCCACACUGACUCCAUACGGACAAAUGUUACGUCCGUUCGUCAACUGGCCGGGAAGAUUGUCAAGGAGUGCAACAUUGGAGCCAGUCUCUCUAAGAUGGAGACUUUAUCUCAUCAGCUUGGACGGUUGGCCGAGGACAAACUCGAAGACUGUAAAGGCCUGGCAGAGAGUGUUCAAACAUUGCCAAGAACAUUUGAUGGUAAACUUACAUAGUACAUGUGUUAGCGUAUUAUUUGUUUUGUGAUGACCUGUAUUUUUAUCAGUUUGAAUGCACGUAUAAUUAUUUGUUUUUGGAUGAUGUAAGCAGACUAUGAAUAGUCCUAUUUGUUUAAGA